AUCGUUUUCCCAAAGGAUACCGGUGUGCCUCGCAGUUCAAACGAAGAACUAAAUAGACCUUCCGUCGGGCUGCAAGUGGUAUCCUCAUCCUCUUCCCCGCUCCCAUCAUUUAUCGCUCAAGUCAUGACUUCUGAGUUGCGUUUCUCCACUGAAGACGGUGGCAAGACUUUCACACGAAGACUUUUUGGUCUGGAGGCUUUUCUGGGUACAAUUGCGCACGUAUUUGUGUCUCUGUGCCGUUCCACUGUAGGACUGACUUUAAUCGUGUUCGAGUAGCGGUGCCAAUGAUGGCUUUGGGUUCUUCUCCAACACCCUCAAAGUUUCUUUCCGUACCCAGCCAUCGGACAUUGCUCUAGCUGCCGCAGUGAAAUCCGCCUGGAUUCGUCUCCGCCACCUCACGCCCAUCGUCGGCACCAAAACGGUCGUUGAUUCUUCGUCUGCCUCGUCCUAUCUCUAUCAGUACCAUGUCCCUUCAUCCCCUGCGGACGUCGAGAAAUGGGCGAGCGAAACCAUCGUAUGGAGCAAGGAGAAGAAGACAGUCCUCGAGAGGGACGAUGGUCUGAAGGUUCACUGGUGGACGCCAGCUGACAUGCAUUAUGACUAUGAGCUGCACGUUGGUCCGGACGUGCAGGACGGCGUGUGGCAUUUCCUGAUCAUCGCGGGUCAUCAUUGUGUGGACGCCCGGGGCGUAGUACAACUCUUCAGUCACUUUCUGACCUACCUUGAAGAGCAGGUUCAAGGCAAGGGUAUCGACGUCAAAACGCUCAAAUGGGGAGACGAGACGCCGCGGUUGGCUCCUUCCUCGAUCGUCGUCGCUCUCGAGGCUGCAGGUUUGCCGUUGUCUCUGGACUCUCCUGCCAAACCUGCGCCUUCCACCGCUGCCGAUGCUGCACCUCCUGCUGCACCUGUUUUAUUCCUCCGUUCGCAUCGCGCGGUCGACCCGAACCACCCGACUGGGCAGCGCACGUCCGUCAUUUGGCUGACUGAGGACGAGACAUUGAAGUUCCGCCGCGCAUGCAAGGCCCACAAGUACACCGUCACUCAAGCCCUAACGGGUAUUAUGUGCCUCUCAGAGGUCGAGUGGGUGCUCAAGCGCUACAAUGACGAGACUGAAGAAGAGGCCAAGGCAGAACUCGAGGCGUACAAAAACUCUACCGUGAUCCCGAGCUUAUGGAACAUCAUCGAUCAGAGGUAUAAAUUCAAGGAAUACGCUCUGCAUGGAAAUGAGAAGGGAUCCCCCGCUCUCGGCGUCGAUGGUUUCCCUAUCAUGUUGGACAUGAACGCGAUUCGGAAGGUCGUAAAAUACGACGAGAAGAACAGGAAGGUUCUGCGCGACAUCAGCCAGUCCGCCCUCUGGGACGGUGUCGUCAAAGCGGCCGCGGAGGGCUAUAGCUCAACACCGAUGACCUUGGAGAGUUACAUCGAACGCGAAAAAGGCAGUACUGCAGCCUCCUCUGCCUGGGAUCCACGCGGUUUCCAGCUCCCCGCCUUUGUCGCAUCCUCCAUCGGCGACAUCGACGCUUUCGGUUACUUGAACAAGUUCUCUCCGCGCGUACAGAAGAACGAGCCUUCCUCACUCGUGGUGGAGGAAAUUUGGCAGAGCGACAGGAUGGCGGAGGCGGUGAAGAUGGUUAUGUCUUGGCAAUGGAAUGGUCGCAUGGUAAUCAGCGUCCAGACAGGUGCGAAAUAUGUGUCUCAGAAGGCGAUGGACGCGUUCAUGUCGACUUUGAAAAGUUGGGUGGACGUUGUGUCAACCUGACGUCUGGAGAUUUUCGUUGGUGUACCCCCUUGAACGGCUUUAGAUGCUAGACAAUUACAUACCAGUGUCCUCGCAACUUGCUUUGUUUCAUGCGUACGCGC